AUGGGACGCGAGGAGAAGAGACCUCUGAAUCGCCCCUCCAAGCGCAAGCUGGUGCGCUGGAACGAAAAUCUCGAUGAAUUGCUUCUCUUGACAAUCCAAUCUGUCUGCAACCAGGAAGGUGUCAAGAUCCCUUGGGCAGAGGUAGCUAAGUCUAUGUCCAAUGAUGUCACUGAAGGCGCAAUUGUCCAACACCUUGCAAAAAUACGAGCUCGCCGUGUCCAGAAAGACAAAGAAGUGCCCCCUCCGCUGCGUCGAGGUGUUGGAUUUGCAACGUCUCCCAGGUCGCAAGAGACUCCCGCAACGCCUGUUUCCCCAAGUCAGAGCACUGAAGAAUCAGGAGGGCGUCGCGCAAAGCCACAAAAUGAGCCGAAGAUCAAGGCUGAGAAGCGGGGUGCAAGCGACGAUGAAUACCAUUCUUCGUCGGACAGUGACAAGGAAUGGACGUCUGGUCGUCGCAAUCAAUCUACCAAGAGAAGCAAACAGAAAAGACCUCAGAAGAAGCGCAAGUCAACUCCACCAAAUCCUGUCUUGGAAAAUGGUGUCGAUGACAACAUCAAUCAUGACGAUGACAACGACGACGACGGAUCUAUGGCAUCAAACCCAGAUACUGAAAUGGUAGCUGUAGGUGCUGGAUUCCUUGAGUUUGCCAAUGGCGAACGGAACGAGGAGUACCGCGCAACAUCAAUCUCCUCCGACGAUGAGCAGUCCGAUACAGACAAAGCAAUGGUUGUCAAGCUCAAGGUCGGCGCGAAGAAACUUCGUCUCCUGAAGCACAAGGGUACUGGCGUUUUCCAUGACAGAGACCCGGAGCAGCGAUGGGAGUUGCCUCCAUCUGGCCCCAAUGGCGAGAAAUGGGGCUUCAGCAGGGACUACUACGGCCCAGUUCCGAAAUCUUGUCACAACCCACAGAACCCUGGUCUCCUUCGAGGAGAGUGGCCGCUUGACGUUGCGAUGAGACAGUAUGCUGCGCCGCAAGCAGUGACAUGGGCAAAUGAGACCUACGAGCCCGAUCCGAGACUUGUGCAUCCUGCUAACUACCUUGAAAAGCCGGAUUGUGACCCGCAGUUGAGAUUUCAUCGCAAGCUACGUACCAUCGAAGAAAGCAAUCCUGAUGCUCGAGUUAUAGACCAGGAUCGUCCAGCGUACCAGGCUUAUGUGAAUACCCACAGAGAGCUGCCCACAUACUUUGACCCAAGCUGGAACGUUGCUCCUACAACUAAUACCACAAAUCCCGUUGGCAAUUACGAGGUGCAGGGCUACUCAACAACCAUCGGGGCCAAUCUACCGAUUACUGCAGCGCCUUCACAGGCAACUGCGUAUCAUGAUCAUGAUUUCAGCAAUUUCCACCUUGCUCACCCGCAGAUCGAAGACGAAGUAGACACACACCAAGUGCUCGACGUGAAGCACACCGGAACUAUUGAUGAUCAUGUGGAUCGUGACACCGAGCUUCCCCCGGGUAAGACUUUCGAUGUUGAUGAAAUGCUUGAUCAGAAUAUCAUUGGAAAAGCGGAAGAAAAUACCCAUGAUGCAAUAGCGGAGCUGGCGUACGAGUAUCACCACGAAGCCGAAGUUUCAGCGUUUGACACUGAAUUCGAGAGCUUCGCAAAUCUCGGCCACGGCGCCGACGAUAUCUUCUCGUUCAUCUAA